AUGGCUCAGCCAGAGGAAAUCCGGGGAAUUCAGGUGGUGGCGGCAUUUGUAGAGGCGAAAGGGGUGAUUUCGUUUUUGCUUUUUCAACUGGCUAUGGGCAGGCAUGGGACUCUAUCAAACCGAGGGCGGGCCAGAAAUCUUGGGCCAGGGAUCCGUAUCCCCCCGCUCAAGCUGUCCUUCCCAACUAUGGUGAAGUGGUCCAAGCCCCAUCAGGGCUGGAUCAAAGCGAGCAUCGAUAGCUCUACGAGAGGGAACCCGGGCCCGUCUGGAGGGGGAGGAGUGGGAAGAGAUUGUAAUGGGAAUUUCUUGUUUGCUUUUGCCUUUGAGUAUGGUUGUGGUUCAAACAUGAGAGCAGAAAUGAGGGCGAUUGUGGAUAGUAUCUCUCAGUGUGCCCAAUUUGAAUUCUCGAGAGUGGAGGUAUCCAACGAUUCAAGUUCAAUUGUAAUAGCCCUUGGAAAAGAGACCCACGAUUCCCGGUCCUUGUGGUACUGGAGGAAAAGGAUAGAAGCCCUUAGACGAUCCAUGGAGACUAGCAGGAGGUUCGACACAGGAUUACGCAACAACCUCCAGACCCUCUUUGCUGGGAAUAUCACAUUCGACACUACUGCCGCAGAUCUCUACCGAAUCUUUGAAAGAUAUGGGAAAAUUGUUGAUGCAUUUAUCCCCUCAAACCUAGGCCUCAAACAUUCCAGAGGAUAUGGAUUCAUUAGGUUCAUGUAUGAAGCUGAUGCCAAAGCAGCCUUAGACAUUCUAGACAGUAAAAGGGUGGACGGUAAAAUCAUCAUAGUUCAAAAAGCCAAAUCACACUCCAACCCCCAACCAGCUAUCCAACUUCCUACUGUUGGGCCCAAAGCAGCACAUCCUGCAUCUCAGCCAUCAUCCCUUAAGGGCAAUAGACUGUUCAUAGCAGUGGUAAAAGAAACAAAGCAACCUGGCCCAAAACCCGUUCGACGAAAUGCCACAGCCACUCCAAUGCUUCCAUUACCACCUCCCCCAAUUGAUCCACAAGUAGAAGACAGUCGUGAUGCCUUAACCUCACCAGCAUAUCGGGUGACUAUGUAG